UGCAAUUAUUAUUAUUAUUAUUAUUUUAUCCCCUUUUCUCCCAAUUUGGAAUGCCCAAUUCCCACUACUUAGUAGGUCCUCGUGGAGGCGCGGUUAUUCACCUCAAUCUGGGUGGCAAGUCUCAGUUGCCUCCGCUCUGCGCAUCUUAUCACGUGGCUCGUUGUGCAUGACACCGCGGAGACUUUACCACAACUUACCACGCGCCCCACUGAGAGCGAGACCAACUAAUCACGAUCACGAGGAGGUUACCCCAUGUGACUCUACCCUCCCUAGCAACCGGGCCAAUUUGGUUGCUUAGGAGACCUGGCUGGAGUCACUCAGCACACCCUGGAUUCGAACUUGCAACUCCAGGGGUGGUAGUCAGAGUCAGUAUUCACUGAGCUACCCAGGCCCCCUAUUUUUGCAAUUAUUAACAUAUUUGGAAAUGUUUGUACUAAUAUAAUUGUAUAUACAUAAAUAACACAAUUAUAAUUUAUGUUUCAUGUGUUCAGAAAAAUGAACAGUAUUGUUCUGCAGAAAGAAGCCAAGAAGAAUAAGAUUGUACAGUUAACACUGAGGAUGAGUUUCGCUUUCAAGAGCAAUGCUGCAAGAUAGAGGAUAAUGAUUAACUCAAUUUGAGUUUGUAGGAGGUCCAAAUGUGUAAAUGUAGAAGUUCAUUAUGAAACAUGAAAUUGAUCGUUUUUAAAUAAACUAGUUAUUGGACCAUUUUCUAUUGUGCUACAGAGUUGCCAUAUAAAAAAAUUUCCCCAAAGUUUCCCCCCAUUUUUCCUUUUUGUUAUUACAGCUUUUUCAUGUACAAAUGCUGUUUUAUUAACAACAUGGGUCCAACUUUAUAUUAGGUGUCUGUGGCAGCGGGGGCGUGGUCGAGCGUCCGUCCGGAGAGAGAGAGUCUGGCACAAGGAAGCCCAUGGUGCUCGAGAAGCUGUCAUGUUUAACCUAUUGUGUUUGGGAAGCUAAUGUGUUUAAGUGACUACGUGCCUGUGAAGCUGAUGAGUUUGUGAAGUUGCAAAGUAUUGAAGUGGCCGAUUAAAAAGUCUUACCUGAGACUGGAACCUGCUUCCCUGUGUCCUCCUUCCCUUCUGCUGUGAAGUUGUGUUACACUGGUGCCGAAACCUGGGACAUUGAAGUAUGCCCCAUGGAGUCCUCGCAGUUGGCAGAGAUCCUCAAGUCCUUCGUCGGCCUACACCAGACCCACCAACAAUUCCUGCUUGAGCUUCACCAAGACCAAGAUCGCCGGUUCUUCGAGACCCUAAGAGUUCAAGCAGAGGACUAGCAUGCGAUCUGGAGCCUCCUCAGCCAGGAGAGAGCCCUGGCCGCGUCCCCGGACAAACACAGCCCCCUGCCCCCACCCACGCUUUUGAAGAUGGGGGCGGAAGAUGACCCCGAAGCCUUCCUCAACCUCUUUGAGUGAACCACCGAGAUCUGGGGCUGGCCGCAUGACCAAUAAGCGGCCAAGCUCCUCCUGUUGUUGUGCGGGGAAGCCCAGCUUGCUGCUCAACAACUUCCGGCGGCUAACCUCCUUGCUUAUGAAGACCUGAAGAAGUCCAUCCUGCAGCGGGUUGGCCGCAGUCCAGAGCAGUACCGCCAGCUCUUCCAUUCCAUGAAGCUGGAGAAGACCGGCCGCCCGUUUGCCUUCACUCAACGGCUCCGAGACACCUGCCGGAAAUGGUUGCUGGUGGGGGAUCGUGACGUCAUGGGAGUGAUCGACCAGGUGGUGCUGGAGCAGCUAAUCCAUCGACUACCAAAAGGAAUGGCAGAGUGGGUCCAGUGCCACCACCCGGUGUUGCUUGAGGAAGCUGUCCGACUGACGGAGGACCAUAUGGCAGCGUACCCAAGGGUGGAAGAGCCCUCCUACUCUCUCUCCCCUCCCCCUAUGUUUUCGACAUUCUCCUCCCCCUCCCCUCUUCCCUCUCACUCUGCUCUCUCCCCAGGGCCCUUUGCUGCCCCGUGGAGGCGAGGAGUCCCACCACCAAGGCCAGUUUCCCAUGCGCAGGGGUCGGUACCUCCAACAUCUACAGUGCCCCGCCGUUCUCCCCCUCAGCCAGAGGCGCCCACCGAUGCAGGUGCAAGCAUAGCGCCUGGGCCAGCCUGCUGGAGUUGCGGAGAUCCGGGACACUUCUGUGCUGUGAUGGAGCUGGGGACGGUGGUAUGGAUCCCCGACACUCCGCAGACUGCCCCCGACCAGGCCGGAGCAUACCGGAUACCGACGGACGCUUCAGACAGGGGGCUGGGGGCCGUACUCUCGCAGGUGGUGGAGGGGGAGGAGCGCCCAGUGCUGUACAUCAGCCGCAAGCUCUCUUUGAGGGAAACAAAGUACAGCACCGUGGAAAAGGAGAGUCUGGCCAUCAAGUGGGCGGUCCUCACUCUCCACUACUACCUGCUUGGGCGGGCCUUCAACCUCUGCUCAGAUCAUGCACCACUCCAAUGGCUCCACCGCAUGAAGGAUACCAAUGCGCGGAUCACCCGGUGGUAUCUAGCUCUCCAGCCCUUUAAAUUCAAGGUGGUCCACAGACCGGGGGCGCAAAUGGCUGUCGCUGACUUCCUUUCCAGAAAUGAGGGGGGAGUAGUAGACAGUCCGGAUGGCUCCCCAGCCUGAGUCGGGCGGUGGGGAUAUGUGGCAGCGGGGGCAUGGUCGAGUGUACGUCCGGAGAGAGCGAGUCUGGCACAAGGAAGCCCACGGUGCUCGAGAAGCUGUUGUGUUUAACCUAUUGUGUUUGUGAAGCUAAUGUGUUUAAGUGACUACGUGCCUGUGAAGCUGAUGAUUUUGUGAAGUUGUAAAGUAUUGAAGUGGCCGAUUAAAAGUCUUACCUGAGCCUGGAACCCGCUUCCCUGUGUCCUCCUUCCCUUCUGAUGUGAAGUCAUGUUACAGUGUCUUAAAGGACUGUGUACUAAC